AUGUCGAACCGGUACGGCGGUGGUGGUGGCUACCGCAACGGCAACGGCUACGGCAACUUUGGUAGGCGCGAAGAAGACUACGAUCCGUACGGCGAUGGCUACAGCGGUAGCGACAAAGGCGACCGGUACGCCGUUGGGUCACCGCCGACGAUGAACCCGCGAUCACCUCCUUCCCUCCGAAGUGGAGGACCGCCGCCGAUUCGCAGUCGUGAGCGUAUCCAGGAGACGACUGCCGAGCGGCAGAUUGGCCAGGUACUCGAGCACAUUAAGCUGGAGUGGCCGGCCAUGUGCCAGACCGACUGUGUACCCGUUCAGCUUGCCCUCCAGCUCCUCGAUACCAGCUCCGUCGGCCGCGCCCACGACUAUAACAAGUUUCGACAGACGCACGAAUACCUGCAGAGCUCCCUCAAAGGAAUCGUACACGAGCACCAUCAGGGCUUCAACAGCUCGAUCGGGACGUUCCACAAGAUCCAGGGCAGUAUCCAGGCGUCGCAAAAGCGAGUGCGCGCGCUCAAGGACUCACUCUUGACCUCCAAAGUGAGCCUCUGCACGUCGGACCCUGACCUCAAAAAGCUCUCGGCCACAUCGCAGGCUUACGACGAGCUUCUCACGGCUCUGAACGAGCUGGAGGAGCUGCGCUUGGUGCCAGACCAGCUGGAAGCACGCAUCUCCGAGAAGCGAUUCCUGAGCGCAGUCGAGGUGCUGCAGAAUGCGUUGCGAAAGCUGCGGAAACCGGAGUUGGACGACAUUGGCGCCUUGAGUGAUCUGCGGGGCUACCUCGCCAACCAAGACACGGCGAUUAUGGAUAUUCUGGUCGAGGAGCUUCACGAACACCUGUACCUGAAGUCGCCCUACUGUCAGGAGCGGUGGCAGAACCUAGCCAAGACCCAGGGUGCGUUCAAGGAGGGCAACUACGAAUCGAUUACCAUUGCCCCAUUUCACCAAGUACUGGACGCCAUGGACUUCGAAGGGACGGUGGCCGAGGAUCCAGCUAAGAACCCGGAGGCUGACACGUUCUCCUACGUAUCUCUGCUGGUAGAGUCCCUAAACAAGCUGGGAAGGCUGGAGACCGCCGUCGACACCCUCAAGCAGAGGUUGCCUGUCGAGCUGUUUACAAUUGUCAACGAGACGCUGCGGGAGGUCGACCAACGGCAUCCAAGCUCAUUGCGCGGCGGCUCUGCCAACACCCAAGGGCUGCACAUCUACGGCAACCGGGAGACGCAGAUGAGAGCGGACGUCAUCUACGACCUGCUGUGGACGUUAUUUGGCAAGUUCGAGGCCAUUGCCGAGGGUCAUCGCGUGUUCCACGAGUCGAUUAAGGCGCUCAUCCGGCGGGAGGGUGCCGGGAACAACAGCGCGUUGCUGGGAAGCUUCAAGGAGCUCUGGAACCUAUAUCAAAACGAGAUCCGUUCCCUACUGCACAAUUAUGUUACAACAGACGCCGACGUGUACCAGUUCAGCACGUCACCAAAGCCAGGUGCUAACAUCAAUGGCAAGAAGGACGCCGCUCGGGAACAUCUUUUCAAGUUCGCCGACAGCGACCCAAAGGCCGUAGAUAUGACGACAGAAUACGACGCUCUAGAGAGCAUCAUCCGGGCUGCGGUCCCCGGUCUGACGGACACAUCUCGAAAAUCCGGCGCUGACAAGAAACGGCCGGUCUUGGACAUCGGCAACACCAGGAGAGGCGGAACCUCGGGCUGGGAGAACAAGCAGACGACCGGAACCUACAAGUCCCUCGUUGAGCCCAGUGUCUUCAACAUGAGUUUGCUUCUUCCACCCACCCUCGUCUUUCUCCAACGCCUCAAAAUGAUUGUCCCCCCGGGCUCGGAUCUUGCCACUAGUACACUGACGUCUUUCCUGGAUAACUUCCUGGUCAACGUAUUCCAGCCCCAGCUGGACGAGACUCUCGGCAAGCUCAGCGACACCAUCUUCGGCGAAGCCGACACAUUUUUGACAGAUCAGGAGUGGACCCAAGUCGCUAGGCGGCCAGUUUUCAAGGGUACAACUGCCUUCUUUGCCAUUGUCACAGCUUUCUGCCGCAUGCUGGGCACAAUUCCCCAUGACCAAGCCCUAAGCACGCUCAUCAUCACCCAGAUGAUGAGAUACUAUGAUCGCUGCUUCGGGUGGUACAAGUCGCUCGUGAGCAAAACGCAGGCGCAGGCGGGCGAACCUACGAAGCUGCGCAUGUCAGCAGCAAUGGCCCUGGAAGAGGGCGAUGUCCAAGAGACGAUAAAGCAACUGUGGACAUCGGAUACGCUGGAGCGUGAGCUCUUGGAGAAGGAAGUCGGUCUGCUUAUCGUCCAGACUAACGAGAAGCGCAUGGAGAUGGCCGACAUCAUCCAAGACAAGGAUACCAUUUCGUCGCUUUGCCUCCUGUACACUAGCAUGAAAUGGCUCGCGGUCAAGAUCUCGGGUCUCCGUCACAUCACUCGAAACGAGUCAGACUCGUCACGCCCACACCUAAACCGAGGCUCGAGCAAGCGGUGGACGCUGAUGAACGACCCCAACAAAGCCACCAACGAAAAUGGCCCUGUGUAUCUCCCCAUGACGCAGGAAACCGUCCAGACCGAUAGGGCUUUCGACGGCAUUGUCUCGUCCUUCGAAGAGCUCGCCGCCACCGCGCUCCUGACCCUCCAUAUGGAGAUCCGCUGCGAGAUCAUCUACUCCCUCCGCACUGCGCUCUCCACCGACACGGCGCCCUACCUCCUUGACCAGGAAGUCACGGAGCCGGACCCGCAGAUCCUGACUCUCAACUCGGACCUCGUACUUUACGACGAGACCAUCGCGCGCUACCUCCGCGCCAAAGAGACGGCCUUCAUCCGCACCGGCCUGGGCCUGCUGAUCAAUGCGUACCUUGUCACCAACGCGGCCUUCGUGUCGCCCAUGAACGCAAAGGGUUGCGGCCGCAUGCAGCUCAACAUCCUCGUGCUGCAGCAGAACCUCAAGAACGUCGAGGAGGGUGUCGACCUCGCGCGCGCGUCAAACUACUUUGCCCUCUUCGACAAGGGGCCCGACGCCAUCGUCGAAAAGGCUCGCGAGGACAAGGAUAAGGACGAGCACGCCGACCCCGCUGACACGUUCGGCUACGAGGAGCUACGGACCCUGCUGGAGCUGUGCUUCAGCGAGCAGCUUGCGAACCCGGAGCGGGGGAUCGCCAGCGCCGCCAAGAGGCAGAUGGCGGAUAAGAUGCUGGGGCUCAGCGAGCACAUGUGGCAGACCUAA